CGGCGGCAGCUAAACUUGGUGGUUCUGUGCAAGGACAUCUGGUAACAUACGCUUCAUUAAUGAAAGUUUUGUCGGAUACAUGGACUUAUUAUACCAUGAGGACAUCCCUAUCGAUCUAAUAACAGAGCAACUUAUUGGAUGUAAAUGUGAAAAUAUCUGCCGCCUAGAAGACAAUUGUACUUGUUUAUUGAAAUCUGGAAUGUCAUAUGAUAUGAAUGGUUUACUGACUAAUUUUAUGAAUCCAAUUUUUGAAUGCAACAGUGAAUGUGUUUGUAGUCAAUCAUGCACUAAUCGAGUCGUCCAAAGAUAUUUAAACGAUGCUGAGUUUACAUUUGAGUCUGAGUACCAUACGAAAACUUAUGUAACUAAUCAUCCGGUUAUGGGUAGAGGUUUAAAAGCAGCUUGUGAAAUCCAACGUGGGGAACUCGUUUGUGUUUAUUUGGGUGAAGUAAUUCCAUAUAAAGAAGCUUGCCUGAGAGAAGCCCUUCAACUUUCAUGUUAUGGUCGCAAUUUUAUCAUGAUAAUGCGUGAGUAUAGUGACCAUCAUCUUGUGUCAGAGACAUGUGUUGACGGGAAUUCCGAAUCGUGGGGUUCAGUGAAGUCGAAAGCACGCCUAAUUAACCAUUCUUGUACACCUAAUCUAACAGUAGUUCCUGUUCGAGUUGAUAGUUUCAUUCCCUAUUUAGCAUUAUUUGCUAACAAAGUUAUCUUUGAAGGUACACAACUGUCAUAUGAUUAUGCUCAGUCUGUGCCCAGCGACAAAAUACGAUUAUCCAACACGCUUUGUUUAUGCAGCUCGGACUCCUGUCGAGUAUACAUGCCUGGAGUAUAAGUAUAGUUCAUUUAGAAGAAAUCGAAGUGUCUCAAAUCAGUUCAGAAGCAUGCAGUUGUCAAAAAUAUCUUGGUGGUUAUUGAAUAUAUUGUGAGUUAGUACGUGGAUAUUUAUGCAUAAAGUCAUCGUUCGCUUGAUUGUACGAAUUAGCUUUGAUCAUCGGACUUGCGGAAUAAUACUUUUGUUAUUCAAGGCUACCUGUUCACAAAAUCAUGAUAUUAAUAUAGAUGGAUCGUGUGUUUUUCUUGUUAGGAUUGGACAAAACUCGAUAUAAUACUGUAAUUCAAUGGUAUUUGUACAGAAUAACAUUCUUUUGUACUAAUUUAGUAUGAUAUUCUUUCAGUAUGAUACUUAGCAUUCUUUUGCAUUAGUUUACUGUAACAUUUGCAAAGCUUGUCUGUUUGCAUAAUUCCACUUUUUAUUCCUACUAUUUCAAUAUUGAUUUUUGUUGAUGAUUUGUCAAAUGUCAGUAAAAUAUGUUGAUAAAUGUAUAUAUUUGGUUAGUGAGGGAUUCUUUUAAACAAAAUACUCAUUUGUUAUAAUUCAAUCUUUAUCUCCUUUCUCGUAUUGUUAACACAUCUUAGUGUUUCUCCUUGUCUUAAGUACCAGUUUUCUGCGGUUGUAUCAACUAGCAACGGUGAUGGGAUUUGAACCUACAAGGGGAAAACCCCAACAGAUUAUUAACACUCCUUGAAAUAAACGUUUCAAUGGUUUGUGGCUCUUGGUGAUAAUUAUGUG